UGAUGAGGGAUGAGGUUUUUUUUUUUUCUUUCACUCACUCACUCACUCCAGAGCCGUGUGCGCGCGCAUUAGGUGACCCAAAUCAGUGCUGAAGGAGGCAAGGCGAUAGUAACAUCCCCAACGUGGUUCAUCGAGUACGAGCCUUCAAGUGAGAGCUACAUUUCCUGUUUAAAGGCGAGCAGCUCAUCCCUCCAACAGCCAUGGCAGACGAUGCCGACAUGCGCAACGAGCUGACAGACAUGCAGGCCAGAGCUGAUCAGCUGGCGGAUGAGUCUUUGGAAAGUACUCGGCGCAUGCUGCAGCUGGUCGAAGAGAGUAAAGAUGCUGGUAUCAGAACUUUGGUUAUGCUGGAUGAACAGGGAGAGCAACUGGAGCGCAUCGAAGAGGGAAUGGAUCAGAUCAAUAAGGACAUGAAAGAAGCAGAAAAGAAUUUGACGGAUCUAGGAAAUCUCUGUGGUCUAUGUCCAUGUCCAUGUAACAAGCUGAAAGGUGGUGGCCAGUCCUGGGGUAAUAACCAGGAUGGGGUGGUGUCCAGCCAGCCGGCCCGUGUGGUCGAUGAACGUGAGCAGAUGGCCAUCAGUGGAGGAUUCAUUCGCAGGGUAACAAAUGAUGCUCGGGAGAAUGAAAUGGAUGAGAAUUUGGAACAAGUGGGAAGUAUCAUCGGUAACCUCCGCCACAUGGCUCUGGACAUGGGCAACGAGAUCGACACCCAGAACCGUCAAAUCGACAGGAUUAUGGAGAUGGCCGAUUCCAACAAAACCAGGAUCGACGAAGCCAACCAGCGCGCCACAAAGAUGCUGGGCAGUGGCUAAACUCCUGCGAGAAGUGCUUUGGCUCCCUUUUCCCCUCCCCGCUGUACCUGCAACAGUGCACAUGUGCUUUUACCAUGGUACUCACACGAGCGGUUUGCACACAUGCACUCAUCAGCCCCUCUACGCUCUAUCUAGGAAGUGUCGUCGUGUGUCUGUCUUAACUGAUAGUCUAGUAAAUGAUCACAUUUACUCUGUAUCUUUCUCUCCAAAGGUUAAAUGUACAUAUAGUGCAUAUUUGAUGGCUAGAGCUCACGUGAACUUUCUUCUUCUUCUUCUUUUGUUGGUUUCUUUAUGUUUUUUAAAUCUAAAAUACACUUUUUUUGGGAUCAAAUUUCUUAAAAGUUUUCAGUCAUCUGUGUGUCCAUGCUCUGUGUUUUACUCAAUAUAAGCCAUGCUUCAUAUUCAGAUGUAGCGAGACAGGAGACGAAUGAGACCGUGUGGUGUAGGAGAUCACGUGAUGGAUUGCUUAUCUUAGCUUGCCAUUUUGUAAUCGCCUUUAGACAGUGUUCAGUAAUGAUUAUUCCACCUGAAGUGGUCAUAUAUGUGUCACUUAUUAUUACCCGCGUCGUGUGUAGACAUUACCGUACAGCAUGGGCAUGUCAGUACAUGCAUUCGGUUUGAAGCAACAUCACGAUAGUGCCACUCUUUUUAUUUCUGUACAUCUGCAAAAUGUGUCAGUUGAUGUAAAAUCAGAACUAAAUGCCAAUAAAAACUAAAUAAACCUGAA